CGGCAAUAUGAGUUUUACGUGCUCUCCCGAUGUGUUGAUCGAACACAUCUUUGAAGAGUUGGCAUUUGACUCCGCGCAAGGCGUUCCCAUCGACGCAAUCUGGGGGUAUACCAAGGCCAAGAUUGGCGAGGUGGAUGAUUUCCAAAAGCGGAUCAUCUGGAACUGGCUCUGUGACGAGGGCGAGGAUAAGCUUCUCGUCUUUAAUGGGACCAAACAGAUCCCGCUUGCGCCCCUUGAGGAACUUCUCGCCACCAACCUCAACCUCACAUUCUGCACCUCGGACGAGCUCCAGUGGAAAUACCUCACCAACCUUCCCCGCAACACCAUCGGAAAUGCAGCGUUUUUAGUCCUCUGUGCGGUGGCAAAGCAGCGGCAGAACGGGAUUGCAGCCAUGGACGUGACCAAAAUCACGGGCCAGGACCCCCGUUCGCUCACAGGGCGUCUCAAGGCACUAGAAGACCACGGAUUGGUACAAAAACAUCCGAUUUUCGUCAACAACCGGUCCACAAACUUGCUCGUGCACCACAAAUUCGCGGGGACGCCGCGCGUCGUGUAUUCUGCCAGCGACACGGGCCAGAUGCCGAGCCCCUGUGAGCUUCGCGCAUCAAUCCUCACGGCGCUCCGUGCCGCGCCCAACCGUCUCCGCGAAAAGUUUGACCUCCGCAAACAGCUCGGACUCGGAACCACAGGCAGUGCCAAGAAGUACUACCGUCGCGCAGUCGCUUAUCUCGACGGUGGAGGCUAUCUCAAGCACGUGAACGUGCACACCAGUGAUGAUCGUGACUUGUUGUGCAUCGAGUUUGUGAAGGAUUUAGACGUUGCUGAUGACAACAGCUCAGACCUGGAAGAGCAGGAGGAAGAGGAAGAGGAAGAGUCGGGAGUGGCUCCGAUGUACAACCGGUUCUACCCCGUACAAAACCAGGCCUUUGAGGUGAUAAAGAACAGCGGGAGUGAUGGUGCGACAACAAUGCACUUAGUGCUGUCUGUGACGGGGCUAGGGUACACCAAAGCGUUCCAAAAGUUUAUUGAACCGUAUAUCACCGCACUGGCGGGCCAAAAAAAACACUUGACAAACUACUCCAUCAUCAGAGGCUACGACUUUGAGGGCAAGGUCAAGUUCUA